AUGGUGUUGCAGUUGAAGCACCGCUCCGUCUACUGUGCCCAGUUAAUUCGGACCGGAUCAGGUAUUUUGGCCUCGAAAAGAUCGGUUGGUUUUUCCAGUGCGGCUGUUGCUCUCAUUCUUCAAGCUGGGCAGAGAGCACCCAGAGUUCAGUCACCUGCCGAUCGAUCGUCCGCCCCAGCGCCACCGCCGUGGCUCCAAGUCGAAGCCGAACGCCCCGAGCCAGGUGUUUGCCUUCAUCUUUGCGCGCACCGGUUUCGCCCAAUCGUCCCUUCUCGUUCUCCUCUCCAGCUGACUCGCCUCGAGCCUCGAGCCCCGCCACAGUUCCGCCUGCCGCGCCGCCGAGAGGAAGAGCGAGCGACCCCGCAGCGACUGAGCAGCACCAUUGGCCAGGCCUUCUUCUGUCUGCAGACGCGGCCGCAGCCCGUGGCCCCGUUCGCGAGCGCAGGCGUCCUAAGUUUUCACGCGCCCGGCGCGCCCGAGGACGUGCGAGAGCGCCUCGCGCGCCUGCUGAGCCUGUCCGCCGCCAUGAUGACCGACCCGGACGCGCCGCUGGAGAGCCUCCGCCAGCGCGAGGAGAGCUCCAGCGACGGCGACGCCGCCGAGACCGCCGACGAGGACGCGCAGCAGCUCACGGUGCAGUCGCUGCCUUACGUCAAGUGCCGCGAGAGCGUGAGCGCCGUGUUCAGCUUCGACUCGGCGGCGCGCCGCCGCAUCUCGCUGGCGUCCAACGCGACGUCCGACACGGCCAACUCGUCGCCCGAGCACGCCGACAAGUUCCCCACGUCGCUGUCGUACUCGGUGCCGUCCACGACGCUCGUGACCAACACGCCGCGCGGCCGCCCCGCCGUGGACGUCAUCGCCACCUACAUGAACACGUGCGACCAGCGCACGGUGAAAUCGGAGCUGAUGCGCGCCCACGCGCACUUUGCCGCCGAGUGGGGCUGGUUCGCCGACAUCGACUCGAGCAGCGAGAGCUGGGGAGGCGACGGCUCCGUCCACUCAUUGCGACGCCGGCUAAGCGCCGACUUGGGCCUCAUCGACGUCGGCAACGUGCACGUUCUGGGCGAUGAACAGACCAACACACGCAUCACGGCGGCGCACAAGACGUUUACCAUCGUCACGGAAGGCAACAGCAAGGUGGUCUCCGCUACGGUCUCCAUCCCCAAGUUCCGCAUCGUGCAGUCGCGCUCGGGCGCCGACCGCCACGCGCAGUAUUUAAUUACCCUCAUGCUCGGCAAGGAGCUGUACGCCGACUGGCGCCGGUACUCGGAGUUCGGCGAGCUGGUGAAGACGCUGGACGAAAAGCGCUACUCGCGGACACAAGACGCCUGGGCAGGCAUCGAGACGCGCUGGUUCAACCGGCUAGAGCCGUCGUACCUGCACCAGAAGUGCAUCACCCUCGAGAACUUCAUGCGCGAGCUCAUGUACGAGUCGAACGAGCCGACGGUGCUGAUCAACUUCCUCGGCGGCUACCUGGGCAAGGUGAACGCGCGGCCAACGGACCCCGUGGCUUACCGCCCAGCUGCUCAGCUCCCGAAGGAGCUUCGUCCACCGCAGCCGCGCCACGAGCGAGAGCUGUUCGAGAAGAUGUGGGCCGAGAACUUUAAGCGGUCACACGUCGACUACUCGACCAGCUUGGCGCCGACGCAAACGGCCAGCUAG